GAAACUGAUGAAAAAAUGAUUUUCCUGCGUUUGGGGUUCCCCGCAAUUGGGCAUUUCCACAGGGGUCCGCCGGAAAUAGGGUCCGAGGGGGAAACAGAACCCCGGGGCCGUUUUGCUGUGGGGUUCACUGCCGCCCCUCACCCCCCGCAGCGCUCCGUUGCCCCGCGCCGCUCUCUUUCCCUCACGGCACCGUGGAGCCGCGCUUUCCCGCGUACCCCUCCGGCAGCGUCCUCCGCUUCUCGUGCGACGACGGCUUCGUGCUGCGAGGGGCCGCGGAACUGCGCUGCAGAACCGGGGGUGUCUGGAGCGACGCCCCUCCCGUGUGCGACGACGGCGGUGAGUGAGAGAAGCCCUAAAACCCAUCGAAAGGGCCCGAAAUCCCUCCAAAAGGCCCCCAAGCCUCCAGGAAAUGCCCCAAAAUUAUUUUGCGGAGCCAAAAUAUCCCUGGGAGACCUCAAGAUCCCUCGAAGAGACCCCAGAAAUCUUCAACAAGGCACCCAAAUCCCUCAAGAAGGUGACUGUCCCCCCCCUGCGACACCAGCGGGGGGGGUGACAACAGGUGGGGGACGGCACCAUGGAGCCGAGGUUCGGGUGCACUGUGGGGCAGGGCUGCAGCUUCUGGGACCUUCCCGGCGCCACUGCAUGGAGACUGGGAGGUGGUCCGGGCCUGAACCCACCUGCCGCCACCCCUACUCCUUCGACCUCCCUGAGGACAUCAGCAGUGGCCUUGGCUCUUCCUUUGCCUCCAUCCUGGAGCUGGCGGGUGCCCACGCUGACAAUGACAUGUCCCUGGGACGCCGCAUUGUACUGAGCCGCAAUGAGUCCCUCCAUGUCUACGUGCUUCUGGAUGCUUCUGGCAGCGUCCAACAGGACAACUUUGAGCUCUUCCGGCAGAGCGCGGUGGCCAUCGUGGAUAGGCUCAGCAGCUUCGAGGUGCCCCUCAGGUUUGCCAUCGUCUCCUUCGCCACCCACACGCAUGUCAUCAUCUCCACCAUCGAAGACGACGCUUCCGAUGCUGACGAAGUCAUCGCGCGCUUGGAGGCCAUGAACUUUGGUGUGCACAGGAACGCAACGGGGACCAACAUGCAUGGGGCGCUGUUGGAGGUCUACCACAUGAUCCUCUUCCAAAAGGAGCGGUCAACGCGUGACGGCCAACCCAACGCGUGGAGGAACACGCGGCAUGUCGUCAUCCUGCUGACAGAUGGGAGGUUCAACGUUGGCGGACAUCCCCGGGAUGCGGUGGCCAAGAUUGAGGAUGUGCUGGAGAUCAGAGAGGACCGCGAGGAGUACCUGGACAUCUAUGCUUUCGGGGUGGGGACCCUGGAGGUGGACAUGGCCGAGCUGGAGGCAGUGGCCUCGCACCGCCGGGAUGAGCGCCAUGCCUUCAAGCUGGCAGAUGCGUCGGCACUGCGCCAGGCACUGGAGGGGGCUCUGACUGCCACUGCCAUCGGGGAUCUCUGCGGUGUCAUCAUCCCUGCUGGCACUGCCCGACCACCGUGGCAUGUUGUACUGAGGACUGGAGUGCAGCAGCGUUGUGCAGGGACCCUUCUGGGAGGCCGCUGGGUGCUGACAGCUGCCCACUGCUUCCUGGGGGGUGAAAGCCCCCACGACUGGAGCGCCGAGCUGGCAGGGGGUCAGGAGGUUUCCAUCCGGGGGUGGAACCUCCAUGAGGACUUUGAUAUCCGGGGGAGGGCGGCACGGGGGGUCCCUGAAUUCUACGACUAUGAUGUGGCCCUGGUGGAGCUGGAGAAGGAGGUGGGAGACACAGGGGUCCCCAGGCGCAUCUGCAUACCCUGCACUGAGGAUGCAAACAGAGCUCUGAGAAUGGCACCAGGGACCACAUGCCAGAAGCAAGAGGUGGAGCUGUUGGGCCACACUCGUGUCCCCGCCGAGUUUGUGUCACUGGAGGGCAAGAGGUUGAGCGUCAGGAUCAAGGAGCAGGAGGAGCGUGCCUCCUGCCUGAUGGGUGCAGUGCAGCCUGGGAUGCCCCAUGCUAAUGCCUCUGUGAAGGAUGUGGUGACAGAACGGUUCCUGUGCAGUGGGCAGGAGAGCAGCAGUGAGCAGGAGGAUGCAGCCUGCAAAGGUGAAUCUGGAGGUUCCCUCUUUGUGGAACGCCGCCACCGUUUCCUCCAGGUGGGGGUCCUGAGCUGGGGCACCUUCAAUCCAUGCUACAGGGGGGGCCGCAAUGCCGAGGGGGGGCUGCUCCGUGCCUCAGCCCCCCCUGGCCACCACCCCAGGGAUUUCGCCAUCAGCCUCUUCCGCAUCCAGCCCUGGUUAAGGCGACACCUGGGGGGGGUCCUGCGCUUCACCCCCCUGUGACUCCCCCCAAAGGUCCUCGCCAUUGGACUCCUAUAGGAGCUCAAUUGGACCCUCCU